UCCUCCCGAAUUUUCUGCCGGUGAUUGCAUGUCCGUUGCCGAUCGCCGAGUAGAACAGUUUCUGCUGGUUAAAAACGUCGAGAAACCAAGAUAUUUCGCAUGUUAGGAAUAAUUGACAGUUCGAUAAAAGUAUACUAAAAUGUUUGCGCGUACGUCGACGAUCGUUUGGCGGCAAACGCUGUUGAGGACAAAUAUAAUGUUGCACAAGGAAAUGACUGCAUGCAGACACAUUCAUGUGAUUGCUCGAAUAAAAUCUCCCAAGAACAGUUCUUCGCUAGAUUUUUACAAAAAUUGUAGAGUUAUAGGAAUUCCCUCACUCCGCUAUGCUAGCACUGAUAAAACAGUAUCGUCAUCAUCAGAAUUACCUCCAUCAUCAUCAUCAUCACCACCACCACCAGUAUCAGCAUCACAGAGCAGUCCAUAUGACGAGAUUCCAGAUCCACCAGCACCACUAACGGAAAUAAUAACAGAACCAGUGGUAGCGGUUCAUCCAAAUGGGGAAGUUACUUUUGAGAGCAUAGGGCUAGGUGGUUACAGUCCAGUAGGACUCAUAGAGAGUUUCAUGGAAUUUGCACACAUAAAUUAUAAUCUUCCAUGGUGGGGAACAAUUAUUCUAGGUACUGUUUGUGUAAGGUUAUUAUUAUUUCCCUUGGUGAUAACGUCGCAAAAGAACAUGAUCAAAUUGUCCAACCACAUGCCAACAAUACAAGAACUGCAAACGAAAAUGACCGAAGCUCGACAAUGUGGCGAUCAUUACGAAAGUGCGAAGGCUGCAACAGAGUUGAUGAAAUUUAUGCAGACUAACAACAUCAGUGUUAUGAAGAAUUUUUUAGUGCCGUUAGUUCAGGCGCCAAUUUUCAUCUCCUUUUUUAUGGCUUUGAGAACAAUGGCAAACACGCCUGUGGAGAGCUUGAAAACGGGUGGUUUUCUGUGGCUAAACGAUCUGACUAUUCACGAUCCUUAUUACAUAAUGCCGCUAAUUACCACUGUCACAAUGUACAUUACGAUCGAGCUCGGCACGGACGGUACAAAUCUCAAAGCAAUGGGCCUGUUUCGAUACGUCUUACGUGCUCUGCCGUUUAUCAUAUUGCCGUUCACGAUACACUUUCCCGGUGCUAUUUUGCUGUACUGGGCUUCAACGAACACAAUUUCCUUAAUGCAAACUGGUCUACUAAAGAUACCGCAUGUAAGAAAAGCUCUUAACAUGCCCACGAUAGUACGACGUGUCGAACCAGUCCGUAGCAACAAGAAUUUCAGGGAAGAAGUAAGAGAAGCUUGGACAAACAUGAAAAUAUCUAAACAAUUAUCCGAUAGAGAACGAGCGGACGCGGUGCAGUUCAGCACCGCUGGUAAAACCCCCGUGAUGAAGACAUUCAAGUACGAUCCGACGAAACAAACGAAGCAGCCAAAAACCGUUCUGACGAAGAGUAGAUAAUUUUUUGUUUAUAAAUGUGUAUAUGUAUUUUUUACAUAACGCGUAACACACAGUAAAACAAUUUAUAAUUGUAAUUUAUAGUUGCAAAUAAAAAAAAAGUCCAAUAUUAUUUAACACACAAGUAAUCUUUCGUAAUAACGUAAAUAUAUGUUGUUGAGAAACACAAGUCAGUAAUGCGAUAUAUACUCACAUGCAAAACAAUAUAAAGUAUAUUUAUAAAGACAUGAGA